AUGGCAUCACCCUCAGGCAAUCAUUCCUCCAGCGCAGAUAACCCGCCUAUUUCGACGACCACUACGCUGCGGUUGCCCCCUUUUUGGCGCCAGAACCCGCGGUCUUGGUUCAGACAGGUCGAGGCCCAAUUUCAGCCUCGACAUAUCCAGUCCCAGCAGUCAAAGUAUUUUCACGUUCUGGCUGGUCUUCCUCCGGAGGUUGCGGCAGAACUGGACGACGUCCUGGCCGCAGUUCAGCUCGAUCAGGCAUACGACGUUCUGAAGACCGCCAUCUUGGAUAGAAUGGAAGUUUCCGCACGCGCAAAACUCCAGCAGCUACUCUCUGACGAAGACUUGGGCGACCGAAAGCCAUCGCAGAUGCUCCAUCGCAUGAAACAACAACUCGGCGAUUCCGCUACCGAAGCACAGCAACCCAUCUUGAGAGAGCUGUUCUUCGAAAGACUUCCACAAGCGAUGCGUGUGGUUUUGGCAUGGUCGGACGAUUUAUCCCUUGACCGACUGGCCACGUUGGCUGACCGGAUUGCGGAUUACUCAGAGCCCCCUAAGCCGUCCAUCAUGGCCGCAGCCACCUCGGAGCAGUCCCCGCGCUUGGACCGCAUUGAGCUCCAGCUCUAA